CGACCGUAUCAAAGGGAAGCAACUUAACCGAGAAUUGAUUUGCAAAAAAACACACCUCAAGUUACCCCCUCUUCCGCCGUCAAUCCCACGAGCACGCGCGGCUCACACUCUCCAGAGCUCCCAUGGAGGGCGUCGGUGCCCGCCUCGGCCGCUCCUCGACCCGCUUCCAGCCCGCAGUCGCCUUCACCGGACCAGUGAGGAAGUGGACCAAAAGGUGGGUCCCACUCCCAAACCCUAGCACCACCAGCAACAACUCCUCCUCGUCAAACCCUAAUAAGACCUCCAACAGCGAACCGUCCAACCUCAUGCUCUACAAAUGGACUCCAAUUUCUCCGUCCAAAAACGAUGGAGUUCCUGCCACACCCGAGGACCCGCCGAAGAGGAAGUUUCGCUAUGUUCCGGUACGAUUCAUCUGGGUUUUUUUUUGGAUUAUAGGGUUUCUUUCAGCGACCUUUUCCAUUACACCUUCGCUUAUGAUGGAGAAGAGAAUUCGGCAAAUUACAAUGAAAAGGGGGUUUGAUUGGAUUGCGGUACAGAAUUUUCCUUUUUCUGCUCAACCAGAACCCAUGCUGAAAUUUGAUAGGGUGUCUGUUACAAAAAACCAGAAGCAAGAUGCUGCGGAGGAUUCUGGUAGUGAGGGUGGAUCAUCACCACAGCCAACAACAGAGGAUGGCUCAAGUGGGAAAACUAACAGAGAUGAUGUCUUGAUGGAAGAUGCUCAGGAAGCCGCUGAAGAAGCAAAUGAAACAAAUUUGGACUUGAAUCUUAAUUGAAUCCCACAAUUAUAGAGCGUGGUGGAGUUGGUGUAUAGUUAUGGAUGGUUAGAAGAUGUAAUUGAAUCUGCAACAUACAAAACAACAAUAUUUCUUCCACCGUGUUGUAUCCCUAUGUUUUAAUGCAAUUUCUAUUAUUUCCUGGAGCAGCAUAAUUGCUAGCCUAGUUUCUCUGGUUGAUUCUCGAAA